CCUUUGAACUUUGCUCGAGAUCUUCAAAAUCAGAUCUAGAUCUACUAAAAGUCUAGAUCUAGCCUUCUUAAAACAAGACUCAAUAGAGAUCUAGAUCUAGAUCCUAGUCUCCAGAUCUAGAUCUAUGUUCAUAACUUCAUAGAUCUAGAUUUACAGUAACAAUACAUUAAAGUGCUACUUUUGUCUUGAUCUAGCAGAAAACCUUGAGGACUGAUUGUUGAGUACUGGUGCACAUUGACUUACAUUUGCCAAACUCAUCACUCGAGCUUAUGAACCAUUUCAACUACUGAUAAUCAUGAAGUUUUACCAGAAAUUGUUGCUGGGGACUGCUGGGGUGACUAGUGCUGGCUAUGUUACCUACAAAACUAUGUUCCCUUGGUUAGAACAUGACUUGAAGCUGAUCAAAAUUGGUGGAAAAGUAAAAAAACAAAUGGAACUCUUACUGCAAUCAAUGUUGAUUGAUAAGUUUGAAAAACAUGUAGCAGAAACACCAAAGAAACCUUUUAUCAUUUACGAGGAUAAUAUCUACACAUAUGAACUGGUGGAUCAGCUGGCAUGUAAAGUUGCCAACAUAGCAAAGAACUGGGGAUUGGGACAACGUGAUUGUGUUGCUAUCAUGAUUCAGAAUGAGCCAUCAUUUAUUUGGACAUUUUUGGGUUUACAGAAACUUGGAAUAGCUGCAGCACUUAUCAAUUACAACUUGCGUUCGCAACCAUUGAUACACAGUAUCCUUGCUGCAGAGCCAAAAUAUUUCAUUGUUGGUCCAGGUAAUACAUUGUUGGAAGCAGUCUGUGAUAUUAUGGAGAGCUUAGAAGACAUAAAAGUUUAUGUUCAAGGUUUGGGCUCACAACUAGCUCCAGUUGGAAUGAAUUCGUUUGAUACCUUGAUGGCUAGCACACUGCCGACCCCUGUGUGUCCUAUUGUUAGAAAAGAUAUCACAUUGAAAGAUGUCUGCUGUUACAUUUACACUUCAGGAACAACUGGUAACCCAAAGCCUGCAAUUAUCAGCCAUGAAAAAAGUCUGGGCAUUGCUACAUUGCUGUUAUUUGUUGAUCUGUCUUGUACAGAUGUAUUGUAUAUUGUACUGCCCUUAUAUCACAGCUCUGGUGGAGGAAUAGGUUUAUAUGGAGCCAUUGCAACAGGUUGCACUAUAUUGUUGAGAAAAAAGUUUUCUGCUAGCCACUUUUGGUCUGAUUGCUGCCAGUAUAAUGUCACUGUGAUCCAGUAUAUUGGAGAAUUGUUUAGAUAUCUACUAACUCAGAAACCAAGCAAAUAUGAAACAAAUCACAAAAUUCGAGGAGCACUUGGCAAUGGCUUGAGAAAAGACAUUUGGAAUGAUGUGUCUAAACGAUUUCAGAUUCCAAACAUAAUGGAGUUUUUUGGUGCUACAGAAGGUAUCACUAUGCUUAUCAAUGUUUCCGGUGUGCCUGGGGCUAUUGGACGCCUCUCACCAUUUUUGGCAAAAAUUGAUCCAGAUUCCAAAGUCCUAGUGAAGUUUGAUUAUGCUACAGCUCAGCCAUUAAGAGACAAAAAUGGUUUUUGUAUUAAAGUAGGCAUUGGUGAACCUGGACUGUUCAUGGGAAAAGUUCGUGCUGAUUUAGUGAAGGAUGGCACACUUACAGUUUAUCGUAGUUCAAAAGAUUCAAAUGAUAAGAAAAUAGUUAGGGAUGCAUUUGUAAAAGGAGAUUUGUGGUUUAACUUUGGGGAUGUUUUUGUCUUAGAUAAAGAUUAUUUUGUCUAUUUCAAUGACAGGAUUGGAGACACUUUCAGAUGGAAAGGAGAAAAUGUAUCAACAACAGAGUUGGCGAAUGUUAUAGCAGCUUUACCAUUUAUUGAGGAUGCAAAUGUUUAUGGUGUCACUGUUCCAGGCCAUGAUGGUAGAGCAGGCAUGGUGGCCAUUACUCUGCAUCAAGAUGCUACUUUAAGUGAAAAAGAGUUGAAGGAAUUGUUUGACCAUAUAUGUGACCAAUUGCCCACCUAUGCCAGACCAUUGUUCAUCCGACACAUCAGAGAAGCUUUUCUUACUGGUACUUUUAAACAAAGGAAAGUUGAGCUGGUAAAUGAGGGUUUUGAUUUAAACAAGGUCAAGGAUUCACUGUACUUUUACGACAGUGAAAAAGCAACAUACAGCAAAUUAACACCAGCAGAUCUGUCAAAGUUUUUGACCUCAAAGUUAUAAAAUAGGAUUAGCAUAAGUUCUACUAUUUGCCUUAAAUUUAAUCACAAUGGAAACAGUCACUAUGCAGAUCAUUUAAGGAUUGCUCAUAAAAUAAUUGUAAUUAUUACAGAUAACCAGAGUACCAAUGACCUUAGCUAGUAUUGUCCUAGUAUUAAAAAUUAUCCUUUAAUAUUAAAUAUAUCUCAUUAUUUUCAUAAUGACAAAAUUACCUCACAGUUUCUUAAAUAUUGUUAAAAAUCUUUUAAUAUCUUUUGUGAUUGUUUUUUUUUUUUCUAUUUCAUAUUUCCAAUUAUAUUUUGCACUGUAGUGAUGCAGCAAAAAUUUAGACUUUUUAAACUGCUGUGAAUGGUUGAUUUUUGGUGCUAUUUGAAUCUGUAGAACUUUUUAGGAGUGCUAGUCUAUAAUGUGCCAGUUUGGAUAUAUAAUUAACAUUGAUGUUUAGUAGGCUGUUAGGUCAGCAAAAUAAUUUUGAUUAUUUGUUAGACAUUUAAUUUUCCAAUAAAAAAAAAAUAAUAAAAAUAAAUAAAAAAUAAUAAUAAAAAAAUUACAUUUAAUUAUUGCUCAGGAAAUUUAAAAAAAAUGUUUAACAAAUUUUGUACUACUAAACUGGGAUGUUAUUGUGAUAUUUCUAAUUACAGUUAUUUUUUGUUUUUUAAUCAGUAAUUUAUAGCCAACAGUAUAACAAAGAAGGCACAGUUGCCUCUCUUGGCUGCCAAUGACAAAUCCUAAAUGUUUAUUCUGGCACAAAUUAUAUGAGAUUACAGCUUAGAUGCAAUAGCUGACUAGAUGUAAAUGUUAAAGAUACAUGUUGAAAGCCCAUAGUAAUUAUAGAAUGGUAAAUCUUAUUGAAAAGUUAUUAAAGUAUUUUUAAAUUAAUAACUUAGGCCAUUGUUAGUGUAAAUUCAAAUGUGAAGCUAAGUGUUGAAUCAAUGAAUGGAUACAUAUUACAAAUUAUAAGGCAGCAAGAGGGACCAAAUAGAUUAUUUUGGGGGGAAAUAUGGAUGGUUAGUGAUUUGUUCAUCUAUUUUUUUUUAACAUCUAGUAAUUAGUUUGCCUGGUACUCUGUUCUUUGCAAGGAGGAGUUGUCAAAUUGGAGAGUUCAUGGUUUGUGCCCUGGUCAAAACUGCCCAUUAUUUCGCUAUUUUUAAUUCACCAUUUUCUCUAAUUAAAAAAUUGGUUCCUAGUGCUGCUUUUUGUAUUAUGUAUGCACCAUUCAUGCUAUUGUUAUUGACAUUUACUUUAAAGAAAUUUUGUAAACAAAUUGUGCAUAUAAAGUUCAAAGAAUAUAUUUGUUAUAAAAGAAGGAAAAAAGAGAUGCCUACUAUCCUUUCUUUAUUCAGGCCUACAAUUUACAAUAGGGCUAAACUGAUAAUAAAACAAAUAAAAAUAAAGAAAUUAAUGGGGGUUGUAGUAAAAAAUGUUUGUCAGCCAUUGUUAAUUUUUGAACUAAAAUUGAAUUCCAUUAAUAAGCAUUGUGUUCUGUCUUUUCCAAAUUUAUAUUCAAUAUUUAUAUUUAUUGAAUUAUUGCAUUGCUAUUAUAUGAUUAUCUGUAUUGUGAAAUAUAAAAUUAUUUAUACACUAAUUUUGGAUGUCAAGUUAAAAAUAGAAUAACUGAAAGUUGUACUCAGAAUAAUUUCUUAACUAAUACUCAGUACUAAAGAAUUAAUUAUAUAUAAUUAAUGUCUCUGUUUUUCUUGUACAAAUGUAAAAAAUGUUAUUUAGUUCUAAGUUGGGGCUUAUCUUAUUUGAAAUUACGAGAUUUAUAGUAUCUUAUGCAUGUGAAAUUUUUAUUACACUUAUUAAUAGGUAUAAUAUUUCUUUAUUAUUAACAAUACAACCUAAAACAUGAUUAGAGCGCAACCAUCUUCCAUGUGAAACUUUUCAUUUACAUCUUAAGAUGACCAACGUCUGUUUUCAUUAGUAGUUCUUAACUUUUUAAGGGUUCCUGAUACUUCUGAAUCUCAGCCUAAACUAACCUCUGUUUGAAGAAAUUGUGUUCGGUUAGUCUAAACACAAUAUAUAAAGAAAUUCUUUGGUAUAACACUUUUGGUUCAUUGUGUCUCAUCCAUGUUGUUAUUGAACAUUUGGUUCAAUUAUUAGCUUUUAAUACAUCAAACAUUCUGUCCGUACAUCCUUCAAAUUAGAACUUAGUAAUAAUAUAACUUACCACAAUUGAAGUUUACUAAAUGUUAUCUAGAGCCUCUAAUUAGAAAAUGAUAUAAAAAUGUAUAUGAAAAUAUUGAAUCAAUAAUAUAGCUGGUUGUGAAUUAAAUUUUCUAAAAUUUUGCACUGUUUGAUCUAAGUUCUGUAGAAUAUUUCAAAGUAAAUUUUACUAUAGCCUAAUGUCUAUUAUAUUAAUAAUAUAGUUAGUUGUGUGACUCUCAUGAAGGUAAAAGAAAUUGAAUAUCUGGUUGUCUGAUGAACUAUUUGUUCUUGUUUUGUUGUUGUUAAUACUAAAUCUCCAAUAAAUGAAGAAAAAAUGUGCUCCCCUUACCCUUUCUGUUUAUGGAUUUGCGGAAUUGUUGUCAAAUGUAAUAUAAACAUUUUAAUUGCUCAUUCGAUAUCUUUUUUAUAUUUUGUUAUUAUUUGUUUUUAUUAAUUUAAUCAUGGCUAGAAAAAAAUUCUUAUAAUAAUAAUUCUUCUUGUGAGUUUUUUUUUUCUUCUUCAAAAAUUAAAAAAUACAAUCUGAGUAUUACUGUUUAGUUUUAGAAAUUAGAAAACAGCAAUAAUUUCUUCUUUUUUUUUUUUAAAGUUAUAUUUUGAUAUUUUUCAUAACUGAAAAUAAUAAGUAUAUAUAUUAAUACUCACCAUUGAUUAAUGCGGCAUCAAUGUUCAAUAUUCCACUUAGAAGAAGAGAUUUUGUUUUUGAAAUUGUUUUUGUAUUUUGUCAGGAAGCUCAAUUGUUGAAAGAAAGUAUUGCUGGUUGCUUGGGUCAGCAAUACACACGAUUAUGUUAGAGUUUGGGAUUCCAAUCCACCUCAAUCUCAUCCUCUACUGCAAUGUAAAGAGAGAUGGUCAAUGGUUAUAACAUUUUUUUUUGUAACAAAAAAAAAUAAUUAGUAUUGAUGUAUUAUAUUAAUGUUAUAGUUUUGUCAUAUUUUAGUAUUAUAAUAUUUACAUUGUUGAUACAGCACAGUAAAUCUGAUAACAUCAUAAAAUAUUUAACUAGAUCCUGGCCAAAAAUUAUUAGAUAGUUUGUUUGAAUGUUGACAUGUUAGGAUCAUUAUUUUGUGCCAUUUUAUUGUCUAUUAUACUCAGCCAAAUUAUUUGUUUUCUAUAUUUAAUUACUUUUUGAUUUCAAGUGAUGGUAGUGGAAAUUCUUUACAUUUAUUAUUCUCAUUAUUUAUUGAAUUUCAAACAAGUGUUUACAACUUAAUUCAAACUAAAUAUUCAAAUUAAGCAAAGUAUUUGACUACCUGAUUUCAGCAUGAAAUAUGUUUUGAAAUUACACAACAUAAACACAUAUUAAAAUUGUCUAACAUUUCACUAAA